AUGCAGCGGCCGAACGGCCCGGGAGCCGCCUUCUCCAUCGACUCGCUGAUCGGCUCCCCGGCGCCGCGCCCCGGGCACCUGCUCUACACCGGCUACCCGAUGCUGAUGCCGUACCGGCCACUGGUGCUGCCGCAGGCAGUCCCGCCCGCCCUGCCGCCGCUCGCACCUCUCGCCUCCUUCGCAAGUCGCCUCAGCAAUUCGUUCUGUGCCGGCCUUGGCCAAGCCGUGCCACCCAUGGUCGCCCUCAGUACCGCACUGCCCAACUUCAGCGACAGCGCCGACAACUUCUACCCUGCGCCCGAGUUACCGGCGUCCCGCAGCCACCCCGAUCCCGCCGGCCGCCGGCACGGUAGCGAAUCCGAGAGCAAAGGGGCCGAACAAUCGUACGGAGAUGGGCUGCAAACUCUGCCAGGGGACGCCCGGGGCUGCAGUUCGGACGAGGAGAAGACGGAUUUAAAGUCUCCAGAGCACGGGAGCAGCGAGCGGGAGGAGGAGAGCUCGGCCGACAGCGAACCCGAGUGCUUGUCGGACACGAGCGCACCUUUCGGCGGCCGGGCGCGCAAGGCGGCGCCGCAGGAGGCUGUGGGCUCGGGCAAGAGCCGGCGGCGGCGGACGGCGUUCACCAGCGAACAGCUUCUGGAGCUGGAGAAGGAAUUUCACUGUAAGAAGUACCUGUCACUGACCGAGCGCUCGCAAAUCGCGCACGCCCUCAAACUCAGCGAGGUGCAGGUGAAGAUCUGGUUCCAGAACCGGCGCGCCAAGUGGAAGCGGAUUAAAGCGGGCAAUGCCAGCAACCGGUCGGGGGAACCGGUGCGGAACCCCAAAAUCGUUGUCCCCAUCCCCGUGCACGUCAACCGCUUUGCCGUCCGGAGUCAUCAGCAGCCGCUCGAGCCCAGCGCCAGACCGUGA